GCCUGGGGCCCAGAAGACCGCGCAUAGUGAGGCCGCGCCGACGGAGCAGAACAGGCUGCCGAAGAUCACGGGGAUCGCGGCGAAGCGCGCGCAGCGGGCGCCGAUGGUGGCCGCGCUGGCGCAGCCGAGGGCGCCGUGGGAGAGCGGCGGGGCGCGGGGGAUCAG